GGAAUACCUGCUUGCCUACCAGACUGAGUGAGAACCCGUACACACUGUGUCGUUAACGUGUCUGGCCGGGGCCGAGCUGACCAUCCCAACCAUCGUGCCUCAUGGGUCCCUUGAGACCUCCCCUCCUGAUGCUCCCCUCCCAUGCCCCCCUGCGCUAGACCACAGAAUAAGUGGUGGGUCACACCCCGCCCUCAAGUAAAACCGGCUUAUAUUCCUUCUGACCCCUCCGUGUGCCGCUUUUCUCUCUCGAGCCUGAUCUCUUUUGCGACAAACCACCCAGAGCCUUUCCUCCAGUCCUGUCUCACUGUCUGUCAGUGUCAGUUUGGCUCCGGUCGUCUCACCAGAACGCCAUUGUUCCAUACCUACCCAGAGAAGUUUCGACAAGAUGAGCCGUGCUGGUAGUCGUCAUUACGACUAUAGCGACGAUGAGUCGCUGGCGUCCACGGGCAUCGACAUCCGUGUCCAUCGGGCGCCGCCUCCUGGCAUGGUCCGUCCUCCCCCCAGGUCGCCUUCGCCCGAUCGCAACCACCGUGGCCCUACCUACAUCCAGUCCGUAUCCCGGUCCGAAUUUGGCGGCGCACCCCGGGCACCACCUUACUGGGAGCAACGCGCUCCGUCUGUUGUCAAUGAGCGCACCCUCGUGGCUACUCAUACCCAUCAGAGCCACUCGCGGUCCCGUGCAGGGUCAGGGUCGCGUGAGCGCCGUUCUCCCGGCGGCAUGGUCGUCCCAGCACCUCCUUCUCCUGCGACCAAGGGACCGGUUGUGGUCCAGAACAUCAUCCGCGGCGGCCACCACAGCCCCUCUGACUACUCGUCUGACUCGGAAUCUGAAUACCGUGUCCAUGCCGGCUUCAGCCAGCGGAGCCGUAAGUCUCACAGCCGUGGACACAGCCGUGCCCGCAGCCGGUCGUCGAGCGGCGAAAGCAACUUUGAUGACGCCCAUACCAAGUGGGAGCUGGAGAGAAUGAAGGCCGAACUCGCGGCCAUGAAGUCCGCCAACGAACAGAAGAAGCAAAGUCUCACUCAGGAGAAGUAUCACGAAGAGGAGAUCGAGCUGGUCAAGGCCCGGGAAAAGUUGGCGAUGAUCAGACUCGAGGAGGACCGGAGCAGGUCCGCUCACGACCAGGAAAAGUCACUCCGCCUGCGCGAUGCCGAGGCCAAGCUUGAGCGCCUCGAGCGUGCCGCCGAGGAGAAGCGAUUCCAGGCCGAACACGACAAGGAUGUGGACUACCACCAGACCAAGCUCCAGCUUGAGCUGAUCAGGCGCAAGGAGGACGAGGACCGCCAGCAGGGCCACAUGAAGGAACAGCAAUCGCUCCACGAAGCCAAGUUCCAGCUGGACCUCAUCAGGCGCAAGGAGGAGGAGCGCCGCCUCCACGAACAGCACGAAGAGCAUGAUCAGCUCUACCAAGCCAAGGUGCAGCUCGACCUCAUGAGGCGCAAGGAGGAAGAGGACCGCCAGCGCGACAAGUACAAGGAGCACGACGAGCUGGUGCACUCCAAGUUCCAGCUGGACCUCGUCAAGCACAAAGAGGAAGAGGCCCGCCACCUGGAGGAGGAGCGGAAGAAGGAGGCGGCGUACGAGAAGCAGCAGCAGCUCGCGCAGGCCAAGUACGAGCUCGACAUGAUCAAGCGGCGCGAAGAGGAGCGCCGUCGCGAAGAAGAAGAACACCGUCGCGAGAUGGAGUACGAGAAGCAGCACCAGCUGCACGAGGCCAAGUUCCACCUGGACAUGAUCCGGCGCCAGGAGGAGGAGCGGCGCCGCGCAGCGGCCCGCGAGGAGGAAGAAAAACUCAUCCGCGCCAAGGAGAGGCUCGAGCGGCUGGAGCGCGAGGAGGCCGAGGAGCGCAAGCAAAAGAAGCUCCAAGAGGAGCUGGAGCUGCGCAAGGCCAAGGAGGAGCUCGAUCGCAUCCGCAAGGAGAAGGAGAAGAAGGAGGAGGAGGAGCGCUUGCGUCGCGAGUACGAGCUCAAGCGGCUUGAGGAGGAAAGGAAGGCUGAAGAGGAAAGGAAACGUAAGCAGGCGGAGGAGGAGGCGGCCGUGGCCCGCUGGAAGGCUAAGGAGGCUGAGCGGCUGGCCAAGGAGCAGGAGGAGAAGGAGAGGAUGGAGAGGGAGUACCAGCGCCGUCUGCAGGAGGAUCUGAUCAACUCCGGUCUGGACGAGAAGGCUAUCGCGGCCAUCCUCAAGAAGGAGAAGAUCAAGAAGGGCAAGAAGGGCAGCGACAGUGACAGCGACAGCGAGAAGGAGGACAAGAAGCAAGGACAGAUUGCUCGUCCUACCUACACUCGCAUGUCGCUGCGCCAUCUCGAUAUCGAGACCCUCUACCAUUUCAAGAUCGAUUUCGAAUAUGAUGCUGAACCAGGCUACGUCCUGAUCAAGCGCUGGGUGCCCGAAUGGGAGCAACAACAACUGUGGGACCACACGCGCCAGAUCCGCACCGUCGUGACCAAGGAGGUAUCCGAGACGCUGGUCAUCAAAGACAAGAGAGACAAGCACCGCGAACGGUCGCACUCGCGCCAUCACAGCCACAGCCAUUCGAGCAGCAGCCACCAUAGACACAGCAGCCAUCAUGACGAUGACCAGUUCGAGUUUGUGCGCAAGAAGAGCAGCACUAGACAUCGGAGCAAGAGUCCUAGUUUGUUGAUGUAUUUGGCUGGUGGACGGCCUUCAUGAGGGAUGAUGUUACGAUUUAAGUGGGAGGAAGAGUUAUGAAUGAAUGGAUGGAUGGGCGUGUUUUUUCUCUCUCUCUUUUACUUCUUGGAUAUCACGAAAUGAAUGCAUUGCUUGUCUUUUAUUUCUUUUUGAUUGGUGGUGAAGGUUGGUUGGGUAGUUACAAGAUAUCCAUCAUCAAAUCACUUUUGUUGGGUUUUCUUCUCGAUACGAUACCCCCUACGCCU